UUCUGAAAAUCAAGGAGCGGCCUGCCACGGGUGAUUUAGCAACAGUUGUCGACGAAAACCCAUAGACACGAGGCUUCAUUGCCAGUCCGAAGACAAUGUCCUUAGCGGAAGCUCCCUCGGACUCGGAACAGAUCAGGACAGACGGAAACGAGGAGAAGAACAACGUUAACAACGUUAAAAAAAACGACGUUGGCGGCAAAGGCGGGCGGCAGAUGUCAGAUUCUUACAUGUGGAAAGAGCAAAUCCACACUCUAAUGAAGGGCGGGGAGAGUGAGUCCGACAUAUCGGAUUCAGAACACUUCCUCACCAAAGGAGCCUUCUUACUCACGCCAUCUCACGGGCUAAGCAUGGAGAAGGCUUCAGCUAUCUGCGAGAAAAUGGAGUUCAAAGGCUGCUUCUCAUUGACCAAGACUGCCACCGGUAUCCUCUUUAAGUUCUCCAGCGUGGAUGACUACCAGAUGGUCUUCAAAAAGGGCUUCCACAAAGUCACUGGAUCUAGGUUCUACAGAAAGAUAGCCAUUCCUUGCCGGCCGCAGAAGACCUUCACCAUCUACGUGUACGACGUUCCCGACGAAGUCCCAGAGGAAGACAUCAGGCACGCCCUGUACAAGUUCGGCUCCGUCGUCGAAGUUGUUCGUCUACAUUUUUCUGGUUCGCCAAGAGACGGUACAUCCACCCCGAAGCCUAUUGACAAAACCCCUCCUCGUUCCCUGACCACCAUCGACGGGGAACUGGUCAGCAGCAUGAUCCCGAAGGAAGCUUCCAGUGUCAUCCGCAUCACGCUUGCUAACAUUGAGGAAGCCAACAUCUUGCUCCAGAACGGAUUGGAUUUCUACGGAGCCACUUACUUCCCGACGGAGCUGUCGACGCCUGCGCAGGCAGCUAAACUGAUCAAACCAAGCAGAGUCACUGGCGGCACUGUAUCUGCGAGGGUAAGAGAUCUCCUGCCCGUGUUUGAUCAGCAGGGAUUUGCUAAAUUCGCGCCGCCUGCCUCGCGGCUCGUCAAACCAAGAUCAAAGUAAACAAUCAUCAGAAAACUUCAUCGUCAUCUUACGACAUCUCGAUAUGAGAUUGAUCCUUUUUACUAUAUCAAAGGUAUAAUUAUAAUAUAAUUGACAGUAAUGAUUUGGAAAAUCUUCAAUCUGAUACAUCUUUUUACUUUGAAAAUGAUCAAAAAACCAUGGAAGAUACGGCAUCAAGUAAAUUUUAAUUUUUAAAUGCGAAAUAAGAUGCAAUAGAUUUAUACUCGUCUACCGCCCAUUUGUUACUUUAUAGUAAUUGUUUUGUUGCGAAAGUACCAAUUGGCAUUUUAAUCAUUUGCCGAGUGUAUAUUCUGAUCCAAUUCAAAAUCAUUCAAUUGUGAAUUCAGAUUUUUAUCAAAUUCCAAAUCAAUCUUUGUUAUAGUAGCAAUAAGCCAAACUCUUCGCGUUAUGACAAGAUCUACGUCACUGACGACUCCAACGGACUUGUACUUAGGACUUGGUGUAACAGAUUAACCUAGUUUCAAUCGAAGAUAAAAGUUACUAAUCUAUCAAGUGGACCACAUAUUAAGCGUAACACUAUGAACAUUGAAAAAGACUUUGACAUAAUUCCACAUAUCGAACUAACAUUAAUUACGCUUAUCAAUCCACUCACUGUACUUAAAUUUUAUUUUAUUUUCUUUUUCAUUUUCAUCGUCGCUUAAGAAUUUUGUUUUUGUACCAAGUGCAUUUACUUUUAGUUCAGGUUAAUG